AUAUAAAUAUGAUUAUUAUUGACAUCACUCUAAACUGAUAAUGACUUAAUUUAAUUAGCCAUCCCGUCGUGUACCUUACUACAAAAAUUUGCCUUUUUUGUGGACCAUUGCCUAAUUAGGAAGCGAAUUCUAAUCACAUGACUGAACGCGGGAAAGAAAGAGACAUUUAAUUUAAAAUGGUGUAACAUUAACUAAAAAUAAUGUCGUAUUUACGUUAUCGUAUUUUAUUUUUGUCUGUCUGUUAUGAAUUUUUUAUUAUUUUUUCUGUGCGAACAGACAGACACUCUAAAAAUUUCUUUUGGAAAAACCGAUUUUCAACUACAAUAAUUAUCCUGCUUCUUUACCCUUCUUCUCCCAUUAGUUAAGUUCAUUUGACUAUCGAACGAGUGAGAUACCAUAGCAUACAUCUGUACGAUACGAUUAGCCAUGUCUGAGGACGAGUCGAAGGCUGUGGAAUUGGUCUCGGGUAAGAGAACCCUGGAACAUGCAUCUUUAGAUAGUAAUGAUACUACACCAGCAAAAAUUGCGGACCUGAAAACAGAUACAGUUGUCAAAACUGAAAUUGAAAUUGAAGCUACCAAACCAGAAAUUGACGAUGAUAAAACUAGUAAUGGCGAUGUCACGUCUACAACACCAGCUCCUCAUACUGCUCCUACUACUGCUGAUGAUGAUGUUGAAGCUAUACUGAAUGGUGAACCAGAAUUGAAAAAAGUUAAGUUAGAGGAACAGGAACAAUCUGCACCACCUCAACAGGCUGAACAAGAAGAACAAAAACACGAAGUUCAUGAAAUCUCAAAUGGUACCACCAAUCAUAAUCUGUCCACCACUCCCAUUACCAACAACAAUAACAAUAACAAUCAUAUCAUAAAUGUUAAUAACAAGACUAUUGUAGUACCAGCUACAAAACCUCAUUUAUUCUAUAGUCCUUUAAAGACAGGGUUAGUAUAUGAUGUACGUAUGAGAUAUCAUGCAAAAAUAUUCACAUCUUAUUUUGAAUAUAUCGAUCCUCAUCCUGAAGAUCCAAGACGUAUUUAUCGUAUUUAUAAGAAAUUGGCUGAAGCUGGUUUAAUUCAAGAUCCAACUCUUUCAGGUAUUGAUGAUAUUGGUCCAUUAAUGGUAAAGAUCCCUAUCAGAGAAGCUACCGCAGAGGAGAUUUUAGAAGUUCAUUCUGAAGAACAUUUGAAAUUCAUUCAAUCAACCGAAACUAUGACCAGAGAUCAAUUAAUGGAAGAAACUGAAAAGGGUGAUUCCAUCUAUGUUAAUAAUGAUAGUUAUUAUUCUGCUAAAUUAUCUUGUGGGGGAACUAUCGAAGCUUGUAAAGCAGUUAUUGAAGGUAGAGUUAAAAAUUCCCUUGCCGUAGUAAGACCUCCAGGUCAUCAUGCUGAACCUGAUACUCCAGGUGGAUUCUGUUUAUUUAGUAAUGUGGCUGUAGCCGCAAAAAAUAUCUUGAAGAAUUAUUCUGAAUCAGUAAGAAAAAUAGUCAUUGUUGAUUGGGAUGUUCAUCAUGGUAAUGGUACUCAAAAAUCAUUUUAUAAUGAUCGAAGAGUCUUAUAUAUAUCUAUUCAUGUUUAUGAUAAUGGGAAAUUUUAUCCUGGUACAAAAUAUGGUAAUUUAGAUCAAGUUGGUGAAGGUGAAGGUGAAGGGUUCAAUAUUAAUAUUCCUUGGAGAAGUCAUGGUAUGCAUGAUGGUGAUUAUAUUUACGCGUUUAAUAAAGUGGUUCUUCCAAUAAUUAAUGAAUUCAAUCCUGAUUUAACCAUCAUUAGUUCUGGAUUUGAUGCCGCUGAUGGUGAUAUCAUUGGUGCUUGUCAUGUUACCCCAGCAGGUUAUGGAACCAUGACCCAUAUGUUAAAAGGGAUUGGUCGUGGGAAAUUAGCUGUCAUUUUAGAAGGUGGUUAUAAUUUAGAAUCAACCAGUAAAAGUGCCUUGGGUGUAGCUAAAGUAUUAGUGGGAGAACCACCAGAAGAUACUAUAUCCUUACAACCUCAUUUAGAAGCAAUUGAAAUAAUGGAUGAAGUUAUAAAAACUCAAUCAAAAUAUUGGAAAUCAUUGAAAUAUGGUCUUCCAAAUACUACCUUUGAAGAUGUAUAUGAUCUUAAAGAAGGUGAUGGUUAUAAAGUUGUUAACAUUGGCGAUCCAAUCAGAUCCAAUCAAUACAAUGAACUCUUCAAUCGUUAUUCAUUCAUCAAUUUACCAAUUAUUACCAGUUCAAUUGACAAUAAUGAAAAGAAUGGUUUAUUCACAACCGAUUUACCAGCUCAUUUGGAAGAUAUAAUUAUCGCUAGUCCUGAUAUCUAUGAUUCUUCCAUUGCAGUAUUGACUAUUCAUGAUCCUCCUGAAAUAUGGGCUAAUAUAAAUCCUAUAAAUGGUAAUACAGAAGGUAAUUCUUCAAUAGUAUUGGAAUAUCCUUUACAUCAAAUCAUUGAAAAGGUUAAAAAGGAAAGUGAAGGAAGUGAAAAUCCAGAGAAGAUAGGUUACAUUGAUAUUAAUAUACCGUCAUAUCAACUUCCAAUACCAUCAGGUUCUGCCUCUGUGGGUCCAAAUUCAAAUUAUAAUCCAACUAUAUUCGCUCAAGAGUUAUUAUUAUAUGUUUGGGAUAAUUAUUUUUCAUAUUUUUCAAAUUUAAAGAAAAUUGUGUUUGUUGGAUUUGGUGAAGCUUAUCAAGCCAUUGUUCAUCUUUAUGCUAAGAGACCUUCUCAAGAAAUAAAAGAUUUAGUGAAGGGAACAGUGGUUUAUUUGAAUCGUUCAAGUUUAAAACCAGUAGUUCCAGUCAUGGAUGAAUCCAUGGUGGAUUGGUAUUAUCAAAAUUCAGUUAUUUUCACCAGUUGUUUAAACCCAGUAUGGGUAGGUACAAAUGGUCAAAGUAGACUUGGUAAUGGUAACGUGGAAGCCAAUGGUGCUGAUGAUAGUAGUAAACGUCCGAGAAGAAAAUUCGGUAGAGUUAUAAAAGCUUCAGUUGAUGGAUUAUAUGAUGUUAUAAAUGAAAGAUUUGAUGAAGGAAUUGACUUUAUUCUUGAUUCAAUAGAAGACUUUUCCAGUAGCGAAAGUAGCAAUUAAAUGCUACUGUUCUGAUUAUGUAUUAUUAUAUAUAUUAGA